GUGACAGCACACACAUCGGCACGGUUAUGUCUCUUUGAGUUUCACGGGUUGGAUUAUCUCUUAUCCGACUAGCCCAGGUCGCAAUCCAUCAGCUGUCUGUUGCACAGCAGUCCGACCCCUUUGUCCCUGCCUGAUACCUUACCAGCCAGCGGGGCACCUCUCGUCUCCCAGACCGAGGCACGUCAUUGCUCCAGCCUCCAGCGGCAUUAGCACCUCCCGUUUGCGGGGGCGUCAACCGCUAUAACAUCGGCGUCGCCCGCAUCUCUUGGGGUCCUUGGCGGCUCUUUGCUUGACAUUGUGUGAUUCGGCUUGCAGCGUGUGCCGCAAAGAUUUGUCAUUUUCCUCUCACCUAAGCGCAUUAAAUAUAUUUAGAUGCAUCGUCAGCUUCUUCCCUCUUUGUCCUCUCGAUUGAACCUCGCUCGCCGUCCAGUUUCACGAUCCGUUCGAGUGCAUUCUCCAGCUUACACCUGGUUUCCUCUCCACACUCCCACAACUAUAAACUGCCAUAACUCUGCUCCACUCACAACGACAUCACACUCUCACAGCCGCACUUUCUUCAAACCCCGUCUCAAGACAGCUCAAUUCGCAACCAUGGCUGCCACCGAUGCGACACUCAGGACGUUUUUCCAGUCUCCCAAGUAUGCCGUCGUGGGAGCUAGUGCCAACCAGGAGAAGUACGGGUACAAAGUCUUCAAAUGGUACCUCAACCACAACCUUCCCGUCACCCCCAUCAACCCCUCCGGCAAGCCCAUUCCCGUCGACGGUGAGGACCACCCCGUUGUCACCUCGCUCAAAGAGAUCGAGAAGCCAGAGGAGACCUCGGUUUCGUUCAUCACCCCCCCUGCUGUUACCCUUGCCAGUUUGAAAGAGGCAAAGGAGCUCGGCUUCCCGAGUGUGUUUUUGCAGCCAGGCACUUUUAACAAUGAGGUGUUGGCUUUUGCGAAGAACAACUUUAGGGCCGUGGUUGCGGGGGAUGGGGGUUGGGGAGGGGAGGGGUGGUGUGUGCUUGUUGAUGGGGAGAGGGGGUUGAAGGCUGUGGGGAAGUUGUGAGAGAGACGAGUUUGUUAUCAUGAGCCUUGAUGUUGGGAUUAAAUCCUGAUCUGCUGUUUCCUUCGUGCUUGUCAUAUAAUGACUUGUUACUGGAAUUCUUAUGUUGCAGACACAAUGGUUUGUGUAUUGGGAAGCCGGUCUCAUAGAACAGUUGCUAAUCUGGAGCUGGGUAGCUCUGAUUACAAGACAAAGCGCCCUGGGAAAUUUAUUAUUCCGUAGUAUGUUUUGUGAAGUGCAGGAUACAACCAAAAUUCCCAUCACCAUUAUAUCAGUGUUCAUUUCCUCAGUCUUAAUCAGCUUUCAGGACCGAGGCAGAAUCUU